CGGGCUCGACCCCAAAUCAAUUUAUUUGAAGUUUUUUUUUUUAACACACAGCAUCAUUUAAAUAUCAAUAAUAGACGCGUUGUCAUUUCAUGACGUUUAUUCUCAAAUUCUUUGGUUAUUAUUGUAGUCGUUAAGGUCUAUGAACAUCUUGCUAAUUUUUGUAGCGCUAAUCGGAAACUCGUGCAUGUGUUGUGAUAGCACAAGGCGGGAGGCUCUCCACUUUAUUUCCGAAAUUAAUUAGUUACUUUAUUCACGUUUUAUUCGUCUGAUUCCAUACUCCAGUCUCAAACACUCGUCAUGCCUGGCCUUGAUGACUGGACCCUGACACCACACAGAAUUGUUGAUAGAUUUUUCGAGGAAUGCGGCCCAACUGGAGAGUGGAAGCAAAAGGCCCAGGAAUUUUUUGAAAAUGAAGCAAACAAGCCCUCUGUUUUGAAUCGGCUGCCAUGGAUUAAUGAGACACCUUUGCAUCAUCUGCGAUCAAAUCAAGUGGUGCGAUUCAGAGGAAUGAUACAGGACAUGUUUGAUAAUGAGUUCUACUUUGACAAGUAUGAAGUGAAGGACACGAAAACUGGAGCAGUACGUCUACGUCCUGGCCGUUACAGGGAUAUUGCAGAAUGUGGGGUUGGAGAAGAAAUAAUGAUGGACUCUCCACGUUGUGAAGCGGGAGAUCGGCUGACUUACUAUUGUGUCCCAGUUCCAGGGGAAAACCAGUGGGUUACAGAUAUAUACAAAGAAAGAAAUCCUUGUCUUGAUGAGGGAAGCACUUCUACAAGUAGCUCAAGAUCAAAGCGCUACAUGGGUAGUGAAGAAGAAAAUACUGAAACCUGCCAGGAGUCCUCUGGUGGACAGUUGACAGAGGGCCAGACAGAAAGCAUGGAAUCAGAAACAAAUAGCCUGUCAGGAGAGAACAAACGCAUAAGAACUGGAGGGAACGAAAACAGUGAGAAUGGUGGGCCCAGCACAAGUAAUCCGGGUGUUGCUGUAGACAACGCAACUAAUCUGAAUUUCCCUCUUCCUGGCAUGAAAGGAACUCCAUGUUUGCUAAAGAUAUAUGGUGACCAAAGUCUAGCCUUAAAUGAAGUUAUUGAAGUAGUUGGAAUAUUGUCAGUAGAUCCUGCGCUUGCCUCUAAUCCUGAGCAAGAUGGCUCUGAUGACUGUAUGGGUGCCAUGGAUGUAGAAGAAGAAGCUGCACAUUGUCCCCCUCCUUCAUUAGUUCCUAGAAUACAUGCCUUAACAGUACGCCUACUAAAGCACACCAACCCACUUCUGCCACCUGAUCUCCAUACUAGCACGGAUGCUGUAGAUAAUAUAGGGAACAUGAGAGAGACCCGGGAGGUUUUGCGACAUUUACUGCAGGAAGCUUUCAUGGGUGAUGCACUUGCAGCAGAGCUGAUGAUUGCGCACUUAAUGUCUUCUGUUUAUAUUAGGCAGGAUGUUGUUGCUGUUGGAAAAUACUGUGUCAACUUGUCCGGAAUAAAUAAAGUGCUGCAGGACCAACAGUAUACAACACAUUUGUACCAGUUCCUUAGUACCUUGGUAACCCAGUCACAUUUUCUCUCCAUGACACUAUCCAAUAUGAAUACAAGCACAUUCAUUCCUAAAAAGGACUACAAAGCUAAUCGUCUUGUAAGUGGAAUUCUUCAGUUGAGUAAACACACUCACUUUAUAGUUGAUGAAACUGCCCUCACAGCUGGUCAGUUAGAUUCUAAAGGUGUUCAGAUGACAGCUUGGGCAAUGUUCAUUAACUGGCAGAAAAUAGAUUAUGACUUCCAGUACCACCCAAUUGAACAGCAUACCAAUAUUCCUGUUCUUAUCUUGUCAGAAGGAAAAUCAAUGAUAAUGAGUGAUGCACAAAUUCGACUAAGUCCCACUCACACUGAUGUUGCUUCAGCUUUUUGUCGCAUUGAAUCAAAAUUAACUACAGAUAUUUUGAGAAGAAUAAGACUUUAUUUAACUGCUGCUAGACUCAUUGAUUAUGAACUUUCUGAAGAUAUGCAAAAGAUGGUACAAGAUGAUUUUGUUGAGAGUCGCAGAAAUGAUAAUAGCAUUAAUGCUGAGGAUCUUCACAACCUUCUUAUACUUGCCAGAUUGAUAACUGUGAGCUGUGGUGAAAAAGGCCUAACACUGGAUGUUUGGAGAAGUGUUAAAAUUUUAGAAAAUGAAAGAAAAAUGCGCUUGACUUCCACUAAUUAAGGAAGCUACCAUGUAUAUAUGUUUUAUUUUUUUAUAACUAUAACCAUUAGCUUACGCUUUUGAUAAUUCAUACUUUUGUACACUUUAAAUGAAAAUCAAAAUACAAAA